AUGUCAUUACUUGAUUCUGAAGCGGCCUUCAAAAAGAGGGUCAUAGAGAUCGGUGAUGAAGUUCUUUUUCAGACGCUGGACAAUUCAGGUUUGAAGACAUUCAGCGGUUUGGCCUUUGCAUGCGGGACGCCACAGUCUCAACCAGAUGAUGCUGCCUUUGGAGCUUUUGCCGCAGGAGUCUUCGGGGUUCCACCCACACUGGGCCAAUUGUCUCAGCUGAGGAGGUUGCACUUCGAAGCUUGCACAAUAGUUUUCGCGACCUUGAAGAGCAAUGUGGCAGGCGAUUUGACCGAUGGGAUUCGAAAGCUGCCGCCAGCUGAAAAGCAGGCCAGGGCGAAGGACCAGCAGACCAGAUUAACUGGCGUUACUUUGUCAGGUGAAAUGGAACCCAGCUAUGCCUUGGUGGACAAGUGCGCUAGCAUGAGAGAGACAGGGUCGCUACUAUGGAUCCACCCAUCGCAAUGCACCAAACGUGAACAAGAGGUACAGCAAACUUUGAAGGAAAAAUCUCAAGUGCUGAAGAUUGAGAACAUGACGUUGAAAAUGGCCGCAGACACUGAAACUUUUGAAGCUGACCAUGGCACUGAAUUGAAACUCAUGUGGUGUUUCCAAAGACGCGGAUUGGCAUUUGACCAAGCAGCUUUGAUUUCUUGGGACAAGCAUGAGAGUUGGGUAGCGGCAAUGUUUCAAGCUUACUCUGCAGAGCCACCACCUUCAUUUGCGAAGGUGACCAUGCCUCAGUUGUUGCGAGCCGACAAGGAGUUGUUUACAAUCUUAGCAAGGGAAGUGGAAUCCAUCCAGCCUGAUGGUGUGGGAAACCGACCACUGGAUGAACAUAUUACAAGGCUGAAGACAGACCCAAGGGUGACCAUGCACUUGUUGCCAUUGCCUACAAAGGCGCAUUCUGUAGAGGCCUCCAACGCCAGCAAACCAGACGCUGGCAAACCAAAGGCAAAAGUUAGGCCGGGCAAAAGGGCUCGAACAACCACGGAGGUAAAGAUGCCGGACGAGUUGAAGGGAGGUCAUUCAAAGACAAGUGACAACAAACCCAUUUGUUGGGCCUUCAACAUGAAAGACGGAUGUUCAGCCAAGACCUAUGGCAACCCAGAUGAGGGCUCGCACGAAACAACAGGGCAAAGUGCGGAACCUUUUCCAAAUCUCGAUAAAGGCACAGAGUGGAAAGACCUGCUAUUUGUCGAGAUUUUUGCAGGGACAGCACGGUUAAGCCGAGCUUUCGCCAAACGAGAUUUUCGAGUUUCAUCUGUGGAUCACACCACCAAAAGGAACCUGUUUGCAGAAGAUUGGUCAGCACGUGACCCUUUCGUGUUGGAGAACUUGUCUUCAGACCGCGGAAAACUUUUGGAUCGAAGGCGACUUGGCCUGGUUCAGAAAACGAAGGUACGAGUCAUCGACGACUUCAAGCAAUGUGGAGUCAAUGGAUCAACUGGCCUCCCAGAAAAAUACGUGCUGCACUCCAUCGACGCCAUUGCGGCCACUUUGGUCCGAGCGUUAUCAGUGGGGUUGCCCGCGGGCGAAACUUUGUGCGGCACCACAUUUGAUUUAGUGGCGGCCUACAAGCAAUAUGCAAUCUACCCCGAAGAUCGUGAGAGAGUUCGCAUUUGUGUGAAGGAUGUAGAACAAGGUGUGGCCAAAGUGUACAAGAUCAGUGCGCUCCCCUUCGUUGGAAAGGUCCGCAUUGGACAUACCGACAGCCGAAGGCAAGAGCUUCUGGCCCAAAUCGAAUCACACCUUGACCAAAAUUGUUUAAAACCAAAGGAUGAGGAAAGACUCAGAGGUCGUCUGCAGUGGUAUGACACUUUUCUGUUUGGGAGGAUUGCAAACUAUUCCAUGAGCGUGAUUAGCAAGAGAGCCACCUCCUGCUCUUUGGUUGGAAGCUUGGACCCGCAGCUCCAGCGAGCCUUGCAGUUUCUCAAAGAACACGUCUCCAUUUCAAAGCCAGUGGAACUGACCAAGUCAGCCGGAAAAACCUACUACAUUUUCACUGAUGGUGCGGUUGAACCUACAGCAGAUGGGUCGCAAGUUGUGGCUUCCGUGGGAGGCAUCUUAUACAACAAUGAUGGCGAGGCCGAGGCCUUCUUCAGCGAACGGGUUCCCCAGCUGAUCUUGGACAUGUUCCUCCAGCAUUCCAGCCACCCUAUUUUUGAAGUUGAACUCCUGGCAGUGCUGGUUGCUGCACAUGUAUGGGCCCCGGCCAUCCAGAAUUCCUACGUGGUGUUUUACAUAGACAACGAGGCUGCAAAGAGCGCUUUGAUGAAAACCCACUCCAGCGUUUUGUUCGGCAAUGUUCUCACCACUUGUUUUGCACAGCUUGAAUCCGAGUACAGCUUGAAGGUUUGGUUUGGAAGAGUGCCUUCGUACUCAAACCCUGCUGACAAGCCCAAUCGUUUCGAAAUCCAGCAACUGUUGGAUGUUGAUUCCGCUUUGGUCAAGCCAAGCUGGGAUCAGGUCUUGCUUCUGAUCGAAAGGAAGGAGCAGACACUUUGA